CAAAAGUGGUAAAGCCUUUUUAGACUCUUCUUAUUCUUCAAUCUCUUCCACUUUCCCUGUAUCAAUCAGCUCAGGCGUAUUCUUAGCCUCGUCCUAGAUUUCUUGUGAAGCAGGAGCCUUAGAGGAUCGUGGAUCAGAUGAAGAUUCAUGUGAAGCAAGCUACGAUCGUGAAGCCAGCUGAGGAAACACCCAGACACAGUCUAUGGCUUUCCAAUUUAGACCUGAUACAAGUGAGGUUUCACAUGGGCAUCCUCUACUUUUACAACCCUUCUUCCUCCUCCUCAAGUCUCCCCAACACUCAAUCCCUCAUCGAUGCUCUGAGAAAGGUUAUUGUCCUCUUCUAUCCUGCCGCUGGGAGGUUACAAAAGGAUAAGAAUGGGAGGCUGGAGGUUCUAUGCAAUGGAGAAGGAGUAUUGCUUGUGGAGGCUGAGACUGAUUCUACUCUACAAGACAUUGGCUUACUCAAUCAAAGUUUGGAUCUCUCUCAACUUAUGCCUACUCUUGACUACUCAGGAGACAUCUCCUCUUUACCUCUUAUUCUCUUACAGGUUACAUACUUCAAAUGUGGAGCCAUCUGUAUUGGAAACUCUAUACACCAUACUUUCGGAGACGCUGGCUCUCUUGUAUGUUUCAUGGAAGCAUGGUCUAGAACUGCUCGGGGACUUCCGGUUAAGAUAACUCCGUUCUUCGACCGCACAGUUCUCCGUGCACGAGACCCUCCUUCCCCUGUGUUUCCACACACUGAAUACAAACCACCUCCGUUCCACAAUCCUCCCGUGGAAUCCCUGGCUUACAGAUCAAAUCCUGACUCUGAUUCUGGAGUUGCCAGUCUCAAGCUCACAAGUCUCCAAGUGAAAGCUCUUAGAGCCAAAGCAGAGGUUGCUGGUAGUACUUAUGAGGUUCUGGUGGCUCAUAUCUGGCGUUGUGCUUGCUUUGCCAAUGAAGAUUUAGGAGAAGAGCACUUGACGAGGUUGCAUAUAAUAAUUGAUGGGAGGUCAAGACUACAACCGAACCUUCCACAAGGAUACAUUGGGAACACUCUCUUCCACGCUCGUCCCAUAUCCUUGCUGGGUGAGUUUCGCAGAGAGCCUUUCAGCGCAACAGUGAAGAGAGUUCAUGAAGAGAUAAAGAAAAUGAACAACGAGUACUUGAGAUCAGCGAUUGACUGUCUAGAGAGACAUCCUGAUCUUGAUCAGCUGGUUCCUGGUGAAGGCAAUCCGAUCUUCAGCUGUGCAGCAAACUUCUGCAUCGUUGGUUUACUCAAGAAGACAGUUUAUGAAUUGGAUUUUGGAUGGGGAAGGCCUUUCUUCAAGAGAACUUCACAUUUGAAUGAAGGGAAAGGUUUUGUGGGUAUGAGCUUAGACGAAGAAGGAAGCUUUAUUGUGUUCAUGUGCUUAAAGAAGACUCAGCUUAGUAAAUUUCAGAAGCUCUUCUAUGAGUUUCUCAAUGUAUCUGCGUUGUGACAAUCCCAAACUUUUCGUCUCAGUUGUGUUUAUGUGUUUAAAGAAGGAAGCUUUCUUGUGUU